UUGGCCGAGAGUGGGGUGGGGUGGGGCAACGCCCGCUUCCACCUUCUCGCACCCUCCCCGCGGAGAAUAAACGGUGCAGCGUUCCAGCACCAACCGUCGCGGCGUUCGAGCGCGAAAACCUCGCGCUCCUCGUGAGGGUCAGAGUCGUCGCUGGGCUCAGUUUGGCUGUGGUGCUCUCCGGGUCUGAACGAUGCACCAUUCAAAGAAACUUAUAAAUUCUGUGGAGCAUUGUGUGGAUGAUGCGUUGAACGGGCUUGUGGCUUGGAAUGUAGGAAUGCAGCUGGUGGAGGGUUAUCGUAUAGUCGUCAGGUCUGACUUGGACAACAUCAAAGGCAAAGUGGCUGUGUUGUCUGGAGGAGGUUCUGGACAUGAACCAACUCAUGCAGGAUAUGUUGGAGCAGGGAUGUUGUCUGGCUGUAUUGCUGGGGAUGUCUUCACUUCUCCACCAACUGGGAAUAUUUCAGCAGCGAUCCGAGCUAUGGCCAGAGCAGGUGCAGCUGGUGUGUUACUGAUUUUCAAUAACUACACGGGAGACCAACUUAACUUCGGCUUAGCCCUUGAGGAAAUGAAAAUAGAAAGAAUUUCUGUGGAGAUGAUUACUGUAGGAGAUGACUGUGCCUUCACCACGCAAAGGAAGACUGGGAGGAGGGGUUUGUGUGGUGCAAUACUUAUGCUCAAAAUAGCUGGGGCCAUGUCUGAAAUGGGAAUGUCACUGGACGAAAUUGUGCUGAAGCUAAAGUCCACUUUAAGUAAAGUAGGUACACUGGGAAUCUGUCUAUCACCUUGCAGUGUCCCUGGAUCUAAGCCAACUUUCAAUUUGGAAAUGGAUGAACUGGAACUUGGAAUGGGUAUCCGUGGAGAAAUUGGAAUUGAGCGGAUAAAGAUAAUGCCAGCUGAUGAAAUAAUACAAAAAAUGAUUGAUCAUAUGACAAAUCCCACUAAUGAGUCGCAUCUGCGUAUUCAAGCUGGGGAUCAUAUUGUUCUGAUAGUGAACAAUCUUGGAGGGUUGUCCUGCCUUGAAUUGAACAUUGUGGCCGGUUCUGCAAUUAAAUAUCUGGAGAGUAAACAGGUCUUUAUUGAAAGGGCCUAUGUAGGGUCGUAUACAACGUCAUUGGAAAUGGGAGGAACCUCUUUGUCCAUGAUGCAUGUGGAUCCAGAAUUGUUGAAACUUCUGGACAUGCCUACUUCAGCCCCCGGUUGGGCCAAUGUAUCAAGACGUAAUCUGGUACGGAAAUGUAGGACUCUGAGUGUCCCACACUUGGAACCUGACCAUAGAGAUACCCCUCCUGGAUCAGGCCCUUUCGUGGAUAAGGUACGGUCUAUCCUGGAUAUGGUCUGCACCACUCUGCUUCAGAUGGAAGAGGAAUUGAAUGAACUGGAUCGGGAAGCAGGAGAUGGCGAUUGUGGAAGUACACAUGUAAGGGCAGCUCACGCCAUCAAGAACCUGCUGGCAUCUGAUGCAAUUCCUGGCUAUGGUCAUCAGCUCCUAUUGUGCCUCGGGAGAUUGAUUCGAGAUCAUAUGGGCGGGACUUCAGGUGCGCUGUACAGUAUUGCCUUGAUGGCAGCAGCACCAAAUGUGAAAAAUAACAACAAACCUUCUGCCUGGGCAUUGGCAUUGGAUUCUGCGAUUGGAGCGUUGAAAAGGUCAGUGGGCGCACAUUCAGUUCAAAGGGUUCAAAACAAGUAAAUUACAUUGGUAAAGUGAAAAGGGUAAAUGGUUGUAGGAA